CACAACAGUGAUUUCAUUUGACACGAAUGUUAUCGAUAACAAAAUCGAUAUUUUCAAGCAUACACAUUACAUAACCUAACCUGGAAUUUUUGACAAAACUUCACAGAAUUUUUCCAUCAUCGAGAAGAAGCUACACUGAAAAAUUCUUCUUAAAAUGGCUGGUGAUUCUGGCGAAGGUGCUAAACUAACUGGCAUGUCCAAAAUAUUCAAUUCCCAAACAAACACUGGCCGUGCUAAUGUUGCAAAGGCAACAUAUGCCGUCAUCGGACUGAUUAUCGCCUACAAUGUCAUGAAACCCAAGAAGAAGUAAAAUCGCCUAUAUUUUCAUAUUAUUGGCCUUCUUAAGGCACGAUGAACUGUUAAAAAGAAAAAUAGAACUCAAAUUAUAAGUAGUUA